AAUACCCUAUUUUUUAACUUUCAUAUCAUCUACUAACCACUACAUUUCCAUCGCAAAUUCAUUCUGUUCCCUUGGCCUCCCGCAGUUUCAUUCCACUUGAUUCUUACCAACACAGUCACGUCUACUCACCCUUUAUUCUAAUUAUUUCCCAACACAUUAAAAAGAAAUUUCUACACCUUGAAGACUGUUUUAAUACCAUUAAUUUUUAAAUGCAGUUUCACUAAAAUUUUAACGACAACCUUGUAAAUAGAAUCAUCAGUCCUAACACUUUAAUGGUUUUCUCAGUUUAUUAAGCAAAUUUUAAAAUGAAUAUGCUUGUAAAAUGUCGAUUUUUUAUUUUUUGAAUGGUAAUAACCGUUCUCUUCAUUUAACAAACUGUAUAAAGCUUUCAAGGUUAUUCAAUAAGUCUUCCAAUUGUAAUAUUACCAAUAUCAAUUACCAAUGCAGUUCUAGACUUAAUUUUUCAAAUUCUGUUGGUUCUACCCCUAAUUCUAAAACAAAUUCUACAGAAGCAUCGCAUUUAAAUGCUAGUAUACCCUUCAAUAUAACAUCACAACCCAAUCAAAUAUAUAAACUACUUUUGGAUAAUCCAUAUAGAUUUGAUAUUUUCACCACACUGAAGUAUGUUGAGAUUUUACAGGCCUCUAGCCUAUCUGACCCUACCAUUGUCAAUAUUCUAUCUCAGCAACUACUGUGUAACCUCGACAAUGUAAGAACUGCUAGAGCUAUGAGCCGUUUUUUCCGUGCCUUGGAACCAUCUUCACACCUAACUGACGAUUUCUUCCACACACUUAUCAGUUUCAUUUACGAUAAUAAGAUCUACCCAAACUUAAACCUUCCCAGGAUCUGGACCAGUUAUUUCAAGUUUCUCGGCUCCAACCGUAUAUACCACAAAGAACUAUACCAGGAUUUAGUAUCUCUUUACAACCUAUACUUAAACCUGUUUAUAUCUUCCAACACUGACAUUACCACCGAUGGCCUUGUUCUUAACAAGCGGCUACAGGAAAGUAUCGCUACAGUGAAUUGGUGUUUUUGUAUUUGUGGAUUCAAGGACCAUACUCUUUAUGAGACUGUAAAGAGGAUAAUUGAAGCCUACAAACUUGACACAAGCACACUGAUUAGAAUCUACUGGAGCUUUUCAAUAUUGAAUUUACCCGUCACCAAUUUGAGUGAAAUUAACCAAUUGUUAAACCAAACACUGGAAAACAAUUCACUGUACAAACUUUCACACAUUAAUCAGAUUUAUACGAUAUUGAAAUCGCCCAGUCUUUGUGAUGAGCUGAAAGAGUCAGAAUUGCCAUUGAGAGAUGAGUUGAUAGAAACUUGUAAGGGUUACUUAAUCAAUAGUAAGUAUAGUAAAAACGGGAAGAUAAUAUCCAAAUCCCAAAAGUUAGUCUCAGACUUCCUUAUACGUCAAAAUAUUCCACACCAGCUGGAAAUACUAACAAGUGACUUAUCAAGCGUUGACAUUUACAUUUGUUUAAAUGGUGAGAAGAUAAUAUUGGAGGUUGACGGACCAACUCACUUUAUUAGGAACUUGAAUGACCCUAGUGAAACUAGGAAAAUUGGACCCUGCGACUUUAAGGAAAAGAUGCUUAAGGAAAAUGGGUUUGUGUUUAUCUCGAUACCGCCAAUACACUCAAAUACCCAAAAUAUAAAACAAAUAGACGAAUAUUAUAAAGAAUUGCUCAAAAACUCUGGAUCAGCACACCUAAAUGAAAUUUUGAAAUCUAAGUAACUGUACA